GCAGGGACUAUGUAGGCGCCUCGCCCGCGGCCGCCGCCGCCAUGCAUUGUGGGGCAGCGGCAGCAGAUCCAAGAUGGCGGCCAGCAGGAGGCUGAUGAAGGAGCUUGAAGAAAUCCGCAAAUGUGGAAUGAAGAACUUCCGUAAUAUCCAAGUUGAUGAAGCUAACUUAUUGACCUGGCAAGGGCUUAUUGUUCCUGACAAUCCUCCAUAUGAUAAGGGUGCGUUCAGAAUCGAAAUCAACUUUCCAGCAGAAUAUCCAUUCAAACCUCCUAAGAUCACAUUUAAAACAAAGAUCUAUCACCCUAACAUUGAUGAAAAGGGUCAGGUUUGUCUGCCAGUAAUUAGUGCUGAAAACUGGAAGCCAGCCACCAAAACUGAUCAAGUAAUCCAGUCCCUCAUUGCACUGGUGAACGAUCCCCAGCCCGAGCACCCACUUCGGGCCGACCUAGCCGAAGAAUACUCUAAGGACCGUAAAAAAUUCUGUAAGAACGCUGAAGAGUUUACAAAGAAAUAUGGUGAAAAGCGACCAGUGGACUAAGCUCUGGCACAGUUGAUGUCAGCAGUGUGUGAUAGAAGAUCUGGAGCAGUGCAUUUCAGACACCCCACAAAAGCAGGACUCUCUGGAAAAUUGACAAGUGCCACCUUUCGGUGUUAACUUGUGGCUGUUACUAACUUUCUACAGUUUCUUAAUCAAAAGUGGUCUAGGCAACCUCUAAAGAAAGGAUUAAAAAUUUAAGAUGUUCUAGUUCUGCUUUCUUUGUUUAAAAUCACUGCUUCAAUAUACUUUAAAUGAUGCUGUUUCUUUUUUUUUCUUGUCAGAAUUUAUGAAAAAUAUCCUAGACUUAUAAUCUGCCCUUAAAAGUUCAGAAGGUUGUGGCUGUUAUUUCUUAUUUUCCCCUGCCAUUCCUUUUUUUUUUCGUUUAAUUUUUUUCUCCUCCCUUCCCCAUCCCUCCCCUCAAAAAAAGAAAAGAAAACACACCAUCACAUUGAUGUCUUAGCGAAAUUAUAUUGUUUGUCCUGGCAAAGAGAAGAAAGUUGAAUGUUUGGCAGUUUGCUUCUUUUAUUUCCCUCUCUUAAAUGUUGCACUGCGCUUUGUGAAACUUGGUCCCAGGUUUCUCUUACCCUCAGUUUGUAACAUAAUAAAAAUCACCACAUGUACACUGCAAAAUAAUCAGAACCAAACCCAGAUCUUAUGUAAAUUUGGCUGAUGUUACCACAAUAAUGUUUAUUAAAUGGGGAACUCCAAGCUUCUGUGUGCACGAGUGAAUUAAAAUAUGAUGUCCUGCCUUUUGGAAAGUCUGACACAGGAUUUUCUGUAGCAAAAGAAUAGUGGGAUGUGAUUUUUAUUUUAUUUUUCACUUUUAUUCUUAAUAUCUAUGCAGACUACCUAUUAGAAAGAAUCGCUGAGAACAGUGUUGCAAACUAGCUUGGAAUAAUUUCAGAUUAGGGACCAAGAGGUACCAAAGUUGUUUAAAAACAAAACAAAACUUGAGACCUCCCCUGUCCCAACCCCUCUGUGGGGUGGAUCUUUAGAGGGAGUGCUUCUUGCAAUCUUAAUAUUUAAGUGGUAAAAAACUGAGUGCUUCUUCACAUCAUAUUACUUCUCUGCUAUGGAAUGGUCAAUGGAACCUUCCCCAAAUAUUGGCUUGUCUGAUUCUGUUGCUUCCUGCAGUGCAAAAUUCCCAAUAAGCAAUAAGUGGCCGGUAGUUGGAGACAGAAGCUACUCUCAUUCUUAGAACAGCUCAUUGAUUUAAUAAUCUUUCUGGGGACAAAAAUUAUUUGUUUCCCUCCUCUCUUUAAUCCCAAUCAUUCCCCUCUUCUCUUUUAGAAUGGAUCCCAUCCUUUCUGUUUGUUUUUAAUAUUUUAGAACACAUGAAAAAAAAACGAUCUAGCCAGGUGACCAAAGGUGACUUCCAAGCCGCUAAGUCUGAAUGCCUGGUUUACGCAUUUCUCUCCCUUCCCAGUGAUCUCUUAGCACAGAGUAGGAAGUGCAUAUCAUUUCCGUUUUGUGGGAACUUGCAUUAGUGGAUCCUGGUGCAGCCAGGCAUUCAGGAGUUGGUCAGUCUUUGCCACUGCAGCCGUUCAGAGCGAGUGUGUGUAAGGAGAGUAGUAGAGUAACCUGUUUUCUGUAUAUCCUCUCUCCUUUCCUCCCUACUUCCAACUUUGAUUUAAAAACUUUAAAAGAUUGACAGCCAAGUACCUCUGUUGAAAAGUUUUUUAAAAAUUCUUUAUAAGUUUGGGUAUGAAGCAUCUCUGUUUUUAAGUGUUCUUAGACAAAUUCUUUGGUAGGCCAUUAAAGUAAAAAAAAGAAACUACCUUUACUUACGGACACUUGCCAUUUCCUAAGUGUGUGUGUUCAGGCUUGGUGAUCAGCACUGUCUUAUUACCAAAAUUUCCACGAUUUUUGUGUCUUCAUUUGCAAAAAGUUGGUACUGACUUUGUUUCAUUCACGCUCACGCAGAUUCAAAAUAAACAUAAAAUGCCAAAUUU